GAUCUGCCGGAGAGCGAGUUUCGCUUAUCCUGGGGACAAAAGCAAGGAGACCCUUCCGGAGCGGAGCCAGUUUUCGUUAUCCUGGGGACAAAGAAGGAGGACAUGCCGGAGAGCCAGUUCGCUUAUCCUGGGGACAAAGAAGGAGGACCUGCCGGAGAGCCAGUUCGCUUAUCCUGGGGACAAAGAAGGAGGACCUGCCGGAGAGCCAAUUCGCUUAUCCUGGGGACAAAGAAGGAGGACCUGCCGGAGAGCCAGUUCGAUUAUCCUGGGGACAAAGAAGGAGGACCUGCCGGAGAGCCAGUUCGCUUAUCCUGGGGACAAAGAAGGAGGACCUGCCGGAAAGCCAGUUCGCUUAUCCUGGGGACAAAGAAGGAGGACCUGCCGGAGAGCCAGUUCGCUUAUCCUGGUGGAAAAGAAGGAGGACCUGCCGGGGAAGACCUGCGAGACCAGUUCGCUUACCCUGGGGACAAAGACGGAGGACUGCCGGAGAGCCAGUUCGCUUCCGGAGAGGAGGAGGACCUGCCGGAGAGCCAGUUCGCUUAUCCUGGGGACAAAGAAGGAGGACCUGCCGGAGAGCCAGUUCGCUUAUCCUGGGGACAAAGAAGGAGGAUUGGCUACAACACCUUCAUCGUCGCGGCAAAGAACGACGACUUCCCGCAGGGCGACGACGCUUAUCCAGGGGAGAAAGAAGGAGGACUUCUUGAAGGGCUAGAUCACAACAGGACGCCACGACGGGCUAGUUUGCUGGCUGUGUGGAAGCGACCUGGCCGCAGCCAGGGAGUCUGGGGUGACCCAGGUCUGCAGUGA